GUCUGCUGCUAGUGCCACUCCGUUACAGACCGCUGAAGAUUUCCAGACAGGGGAUCCCGGUUAAGCUCGGCUUUUACUAUCGACACACUGGGGUUCGUAGUGCACAAAUGGCGAAAACGUACGAUUAUCUCUUCAAGCUGCUACUGAUUGGAGACAGCGGAGUAGGAAAGACGUGUCUGCUGUUCAGAUUCAGCGAGGACUCUUUCAAUACCACCUUCAUAUCCACAAUAGGAAUAGACUUCAAAAUCAGAACAAUAGAGCUUGAUGGAAAGAGAGUAAAGCUUCAGAUUUGGGACACUGCAGGGCAGGAGAGGUUCCGAACCAUUACUACCGCUUAUUACAGAGGAGCGAUGGGCAUUAUGUUGGUGUAUGACAUCUGCAAUGAAAAGUCAUUUGAAAACAUAAAAAACUGGAUAAGAAAUAUUGAACAGCACGCCUCGUCUGAUGUUGAGAAGAUGAUCCUCGGUAACAAAUGUGACAUGACUGACAGGAGACAGGUGUCCAAAGACAGAGGGGAGAAACUGGCUAUUGAUUAUGGAGUUAAGUUCUUAGAAACAAGUGCAAAGUCUAGUUUAAAUGUAGAAGAGGCUUUUUAUACCAUGGGCAGAGACAUAUUACAUAACCUGAGCUCAAAAACUACUGACAGCAAUGCAGGAGGAUCAGGCAAACCUGUGAAGAUCACAGAGAAGAAGUUGAAAAGAAUUAAAUUGUUCAAGUGUUCGCUCCUCUAGGCUGCUGAGUGUUCACAGCUUUAGCGUGACUUUGCUGUUUCGGAAGGUUCCUGCCUCCAUGGCGUCCUCAUAGCAGCAGCAGUGGCAGCAGUACUGGUCUUAUUCAGAGGACCUUAAUGCCAACUGAGGCUCAUGAAUGGCGGAGAUACUAUCCUGAUCUGCUGACCACAGAAGAGGAUCAAUGAGGAAUGAGGUCUGAUAUUGUAUAUCAUGCAAAAAAAAAAAAAAAACUGUGGGUGAUAAUCAGCAAUGGGAUGUAGCUGACACUGUACUGUCUACUCAAAGAGGAGGUGAUCUGUUAGCAUUCAUAAAACCUCUGUUUUAAUAUUCAGAUCUUACAAAAAGAUCUCAACUGCACAUAGUUGUCUUAUACAGUAAAUAGAUAAAAAGUAAAAAAAAAAAAAAAAAAAAAGUAUCUUCUUUGA